AUGGAAUCUAUAUAUGAACGUGCUCUGUUAGAAGUGGGACCAAAUAGCUUAUUUCAAAAGAAGUGGGAUAUUAUUUAUAAUGUGAUUUUUGCCGGGUUGUGGUGCACGUCAUAUAUGAGCAUAUUCCUUGCAUUAGUGAUUCCUCCGCACACUUGUAAGCUUCCUGAACAAACAGAAAACAUCAGUGACAAUUUAUGGAGAUCAAAGUAUAUUCCAAUGUCAAACGAUUUGAACGGUCAAGCUUUAUUAAAUAGUUGUAUGGUUUAUGAAAAUCCCGAACAAAAUAAUAAGACUAAAGAAUGUGUAGAAUUUGUAUACGAUAAAACCUGGUAUGAAUCUACUGUUCCAUCUGAAAAUAAUUGGGUUUGCAGUAAGGAAUUGUAUGUGGUAAAUAUAUUCGCAUACAGUAUGAUUGGUGAGAUAAUUGGAUCUUUAUUAUUCGGAUGGUUUGGUGAUACAUACGGAAGACGAUUGACGUACAUUAUAGCAUUAGCACUAAUUGUGGUUGGGCGCACAGUAUCUAUUCUCGCUGCCCAGUCAUAUGUAUUAUUUACUUGUGGAUGUAUCAUAGCGUCCUUUCCUUCUUGGUCUGCCGUCCAAAGCGUGUCAGUCAUAUCUGUAGAAAUAUCUUCACCAGAGCGAAGAACCACAACGGCCACGUUGCGAGUCGCUGCUAUGAGUUUUGGUGUAUGUGUCAUGUCGCUCUUAUAUUGGUGGAUUAGAGAAUGGAAACUGUUUUUUGUUAUAACUACUGUUCCAUUAAUACCGUAUUUAUUAUUUUCAUGGAAUACAAUCGAAUCUCCAAGAUGGCUUUGGCAGACAGGAAAAUCCGAAGAAUGUAUUAGAAACUUAAGACAAAUAGCAAAAAUAAAUAAAUCAGAAUUAGAAACAAAUACAGCAGAGGAAUUAUCAAAUACAAAUAUAGAAAGAAAUGAUAAAAUGCCUGGACCUGUAGCAUUAUUUUCUAGUAGAACAUUAGCAGUUAGUACUAUUUUACAACUACUGUUAUGGGUGUUUGUAACUCUAAGCUACAGAGUACUACUAAUAAGUGCAGGAGAGAAAACAGAUGGAAACCCAUUUUUAGAAUUCGCUUUGCAAGCAGCUGUUGAAAUGCCUGGAAAUGUAGUGGGAGCGUGGCUUGCAGAUAUUCUUGGACGGCGAUAUUCUGGGAUGAUUGUGUACGGUAUAACAGCCUCAAUGUGGACGAUGUUAUCUUUUCAUGACCACUAUAAAAGUGCUUGGAUCGGUAACAUAUGGAUUGGUGCUGUAUCAAGGACAAUAUGUAGAAUGUCAACUACUUCUUCGUAUUACUUAAUCAAUCUGUUAAAUAUGGAACUUUAUCCUACUUGCCUCCGUCAGUUGGGCAUGUCCAUUGGAAACGUCUCUUCUAGUGGAGCUUCGGCUAUAGCCCCAUACGUGCUUUAUAUGGGACAUCGGGUUGAUUCACGUUUACCUGGCUUGGUGUUAGCAGCAGUUUCGGUAAUUGGUAUACUUUCUUCUUAUAUUCUUCCUGAAACUUUAAAUAUGAAGCUGCCAGAAACUGUAAAAGAUGCUCAAGAAUUUGGUAAUAAGAGAGUUAAAUAUUCUCGAGAUUCCUUGAAAUAUUCUGCUGCGACAGAAGAAAUCGAAAAUUUAAAUUAA